GUAGAGAUAUGAUUGUGUCUGAACAAAUGAACAAAUAUAUAAUACGCAUAGGUCACCUAGCACUGUUCGAAAACCAUCAGCGGCAUCGAACAAAACGCGGAACCAAAUCGUGCGAUAGCACACAUCAGGCCGACUAAACCAAAGUCAAAAUUCAUCUUCUACCUUUCGCAAUCUCGCAAUGCACCUUCCUUGGACAUCUCCAACAAUCGACUCCAGGCCCCUCGCUCUUCUAGGCGCGGGUGUCCUAGGCCGUCGUAUCGCCUGCGUCUUUGCCGCUGCAGGAUAUAACGUUAAUCUGCGGGAUCCGUCAGCCGAUGCUCGACAGGCCGCUGUCCAAUAUGUGACGCAAAACCUGCAGGCCUAUUCGAAGCUUUCUAAAGGAACCCGUACCUUUGGCCACUGCCGCGCCUUCUCCGACCUCGAUAGCACCGUUCGCGACGCUUGGCUGGUCAUUGAAGCAGUCCCUGAGAAGCUGCAGAUGAAGAUCGACACCAUGGGAGAGCUCGAUAAGUUAGCUCCGGCUGAUUGUAUCUUUGCUUCUAACUCUUCAUCGUUCAAGUCGAGUUUGAUGCUUGAUAAAGUUAGUGAGCAUAGACGGCGUUUGGUUUGCAAUAUGCACUUCUUCAUGCCGCCUGAGAAACGUGUUGUGGAGUUGAUGACAGACGGCGAGACUGUUCCUGCGGUCUUCCCCUUCUUGACCGAAGUGCUGGAGGAUGUUGGAAUGGUACCGGUGACUGCACGCCAAGAGUCUACUGGUUUCGUUUUUAACCGCUUAUGGGCAGCCAUCAAGCGUGAAAUCAUGACCAUUCUAGCUGAAGGCGUCUCAGAACCGAAUGAGAUUGAUAAGAUCUGGGUGGAAAUGUUCAAGAAUGCAAGUGGCCCCUGUGCGUUCAUGGAUGAGGUCGGCCUAGAUACGGUCGCCUUCAUCGAGGAUCAUUAUAUCGAGGAGCGUCACCUAGACUCCGCAUUGACCGUCGACUGGCUACGUGAGAACUAUAUCAGCCAUGGCAAAUUGGGUAACAAAUGUGAUAAGGGGGGCCUGUACCCUCCUCACCCUGUCGAUACUCUACCUAAAGAGCACUCGGAUCUACCCACUGUCUACUUCCUUGAUCUAGGAUUGGGUUCAGUUGUGCAAGAUCUCUCAAAGCUUGGGAAGACUGGUCGAAUUCUCCGCCGAACAAGCGAUGGAAGAUGUGAGACACUAGUAACUAAUCUGAAAUGCCCUGACGGUAUCGCCUACUCCCCAUCUUCUGGACGCAUUUUCUGGACCAAUAUGGGUUUCAGGCCAGCCCUCAACGACGGCUCCGUCAUGUCUGCCAACUUGGACGGUAGCGAUGUGCAGGUUGUAGUACCAGAAGGAAUGGUGCAUACUCCUAAGCAGCUUGUUGUUGACGAGACAAGCAAGAGGCUCUACUUCUGCGAUCGGGAGGGACUGCGGGUUCACCGCUGCGACUUCGAUGGCACGAAUCAUGAAGUCAUGGUUUGCAAUGGAGAUUUCGAUACCAAAGAGCAGGCUGAUCAGAAACUCUGGUGCGUGGGAAUCACACUAGAUGUGAAGCGUGGCAAAUUCUACUGGUCGCAAAAGGGCCCCUCCAAGGCGAAUCAAGGGCGCAUCUUCCGCGCAAAUAUCGAGAUGCCUGCUGGUCAAACAGCAACCACCCGAACUGAUAUUGAACUUCUGUUUGAUGGUUUGCCUGAGCCAAUUGACCUUGAGGUCGACCCAGAAACCGAGACUCUGUACUGGACUGACCGUGGUGAGCACCCUACUGGCAACACACUUAACCGAGCCUCCGUUGCUGCGGGGAACUCUAAGGUGAAGGUCUUGGCCCGCCAUUUCAACGAGCUCAUUGGGAUGAGUAUUGAUUGGAAGAAUCAGCAUAUCUACCUCACUGAUCUCGGGGGAUCCCUGUAUCGGGUUGACAUGGAUGGUAGUAACAAGACUGUGCUUUAUCAUGACGAGGGAUGCUACACUGGUGUCACUUUGGUUUGAUGGUCUACACUGUCGAGAUUAAGUACAACUAGUAUGGCUCACUUUUAUUGGAAUAUUAUACAAAAUCUGAUAUAGAAUUGAUAGAAGACAGGUUUUUUCCUGA